AGAGCUAGAGAGACCUGGAAAUGAAAGUAAAAAAGACCAAGAGGCACAUGGAGGGAGCUGUAUCGGCAACAGCUCUAGGAAAAGAAUGCUGCCUUCUAUAAUUAAAUAGCAAUUACUAGUAUUAUUAUUAAAAGUAAUAAUGCUCUAAUAAUAUCUCUAGUAAUAUCAUACUAUUUAAUCGAGGCGAGGUGAUCAUAGUGUAGAGGGCAUACCCAAGCAGAGGCGUGACUGUAAUGGAGAGACAAAAAAGGAAAGAGGAGAUAGAGAAGGGACUUCAGUUCAUCCAGCAGUGGGGUAACAAUGCGUUCUACCAUGUUAAAUCGAGAUUACCACCACCACCCCAGGCCCUUCUGGCGGUUCACAUCAGCACAAAAGUUAGGUCCACACUACCCCUGAGCCAAGAAGAUUAUGAGGCCUUUUUGCAAAAGCUGGUGCAAAACCUAUUUGCAGAGGGCAAUGAUUUGUUCAGAGAGAAGGAUUUCAAGCUGGCGCUGGUACAGUAUGUAGAAGGGCUCAAUGUGGCUGAAUAUGCAGCUUCAGAUGAGGUGACCAUUCCAGUGGAUCUCUUAUGCAAGCUGCAUGUCAACCGGGCUGCCUGCUACUUUGCCAUGGGCCUGUAUGAGAAGGCUCUGGAAGACAGUGAGAAGGCUCUGGGAUUCAGCAAGGAGAACAUCCGUGCGCUCUUCCGGAAAGCCCGCUGUUUGAACGAGUUAGGGAGGCACAAGGAAGCCUAUGAAUUUAACAGCCGUUGUCUGCUCUCCCUCCCGCAUGAUGAAAGUGUGGCACAACUUGGCCAGGAGCUUGCACAAAAACUGGGAUUAAGGGUCCGGAAAGCCUAUAAGAGACCUCAGCAGGAAUUGGAAACAUUUUCUCUACUCAGUAAUGGCCUGUCAUCUGCCUUACCAAAUCAGGCUGUUUCUAACGGAUUAGGCUCUGUAGAUGACAUUGAAACAGACAGCUCUAUGGACCUUCAGUGUGUCACUGCUCCCAAUCCUGCCUCUGUUUAUGUGAGCGAUGGCUCUGCCUUUUCAUCAACCGACUUGAACACAAAAGGCACACCAACUUCACUCCCUGCCGUCACCCUGCUCCCUUCUGCAGAUGCUGCAUCCGUGCCAGGGUCUGAGAGUGUCGAUGACUUCACUGAAGGAGGAGUUCUUGGGGAUGAACUGGACUCAAUCCUGGAUUCUAUUGCAGAUGGGUCGCAGUACCCUCUAUCUUUGGUCCAGGGUGCCAUCCCUGCCAGUCUGUCUAGCGAGAUGCCCCAGUUGAUCCCCGUGUUUCCAGGGGGUACUCCGCUGCUUCCUCCUGUGGUGACAGCCAGCAUUCCAGUCUCUACGCCACUCCCUCCUGCCUCCUUUGGCCUUGUGAUGGAUGCCACAAAGCAGCUCUCCUCAUCAUCUGUGUUGGAUGCCUUUGAAUCGCCUGUAGGUGGCAGUGGCAGCUCCCCUUUGGACUCACUGGAUUCGCUAGACUUGCUCCCAUACACAGAGUCCCGGCUUGACGUGUUGGAUGCUUUUGGAACCAAUAGGGGAUCACUGGAUGCGUUGGAUUCCUUUACUAUUGAGGAAAUGAGCACACACGAAUCACAGCAACCUGCUGGUAUCCAGAAAUCGCGACUUAUGGUAAACCAUAGUGGGCCAAGUCAUACAACAGGACCCAAAGUAGUAGAGUUGCUGAUGUCUCAGCCAGACUCGAUGAUGCCUAACACAGCCCUUCUUGUGAAGAAUCCUCUGGCAUCCACUCACAUCUUCAAACAAGCUUGCCGCAUCUGCUAUCCCAAAACAGGACCCAAGGCUGGUGAUUAUACCUAUCGAGAAGGUCUGGAACACAAGUGCAAGCGGGAUGUACUUUUGGGCAGACGGCGCAACUCGGAAAAUAAAACCUGGAAGAGAAUCCGACCACGCCCAACCAAGACCAACUUUGUGGGAUCGUAUUAUCUGUGCAAAGAUAUGCUUAACAAGCAGGACUGUAAGUACGGGGAUAACUGCACCUUCGCGUACCACCAGGAGGAGAUCGACGUGUGGACAGAGGAGCGGAAGGGAACUCUUAAUCGCGACCUCCUCUUUGACCCCUUGGGUGGGAUCAAGCGGGGCAGCCUGACCAUUGCCAAGAUCUUGAAGGAACACCAGGGCAUAUUCACCUUCCUCUGUGAGAUCUGUUUUGAUAGCAAACCCCGGAUAAUCAGCAAAGGGACCAAGGACUCACCAGCAGUGUGCUCCAACCUAGCUGCAAAACACAGCUUUUAUGAUAACAAGUGUCUGGUUCACAUAGUUCGUUCCACCUCUCUAAAAUACUCCAAGAUCCGCCAGUUCCAGGAGCACUUUCAGUUUGAUGUGUGCCGGCAUGAAGUGCGUUAUGGCUGCCUGCGCGAAGAUAGCUGCCAUUUUGCUCACAGCUUCAUAGAGCUUAAAGUUUGGUUGUUACAGCAGUACUCUGGGAUGACCCAUGAGGAUAUUGUACAAGAAUCUAAAAAGUACUGGCAACAGAUGGAGGCACAUGCCAACAAGGCUAACAACAAUAUGGCUUCUACCAGGGCUCCCACAUCAAACACUUUUGACCUCCAGAUGAAAUUUGUUUGUGGCCAGUGUUGGAGGAAUGGGCAGGUGGUGGAACCAGACAAGGACCUCAAGUACUGUAGUGCCAAAGCACGCCACUGUUGGACCAAGGAGCACCGUGUCCUGCUUGUAAUGUCCAAAGCAAAGAGAAAGUGGGUGUCUGUCCGACCAUUGCCUUCCAUCCGCAACUUCCCUCAGCAAUACGAUCUAUGCAUUCAUGCCCAAAAUGGCAGGAAGUGCCAGUAUGUUGGAAACUGCUCUUUCGCCCACAGCCCUGAAGAGAGAGAGAUGUGGACCUUCAUGAAAGAAAAUAAGAUUUUGGAUAUGCAGCAGACAUAUGACAUGUGGCUGAAAAAACAUAAUCCUGGGAAGCCAGACGAGGGGACACCUUUGACAUCACGGGAAGCGGAGAAGCAGAUCCAGAUGCCCACCGACUAUGCUGACAUGAUGGGUUACCAUUGCUGGCUUUGUGGAAAAAACAGCAACAGCAAGAAGCAAUGGCAACAGCACCUUCAGUCAGAGAAGCAUAAAGAAAAAGUCUUCACAUCUGAGAAUGACUCCAGCUGCUGGAAUUACCGUUUCCCAAUGGGGGAGUUCCGGCUAUGUGAAAGAUUCCAGAAGACAAAAUCCUGCCCUGAAGGGGAGAAAUGUCGCUUUGCUCAUGGCCAAGAUGAGUUGACAGAGUGGCUGGAUCGGAGGGAAGUAAUGAAGCAGAAACUGGCCAAAGCCCGCAAGGAUAUGCUGCUCUGCCCCACAGAUGAUGAUUUUGGCAAAUACAACUUCCUAUUAUGGGAUAGCGUAUAAUUUACUGAAGGUGGUGAAAAAACAAAUGUUCUGAACUGGAAAUGAGAAGGGAAAAGGAGCAGGGCAGUGACAAAGAGCCUGAUAAUUGUUCCACAAAUCUUUCUUUGAUUGUAAGAUAAUCAAGAUGAUUUAUUGUGUUUAAUGGGAUUAUGAAUUGAUUCAUCUAUAGCCAGUGAACAUGAUGCUCCUAGAGUUUUGCCAUUCUAUCUUCUCCCCUACCCGUUUUUAAAAACAUUAUUUUUCAAUCUACCACCACUAGCCUCCUUUUAAACUUCAAAAAGAUACUGAUUUGCAGUAUUUGGUGCAUAAAAGAGAGGAUGCUUCUUGUUUUGGUUCCCUAACCCCCAAAUCCUUUAUUCAGGCUGCCUGGUUUUUGAGAUUGCAGUGUCAUGCAAAUGAACAUAGAGAAACAGUGGAGAAGUGACAAGGAAGUAGAGUUUUGUUCACUGUAGGUGUCUGUGUAGUGCUGUGUGCCUCUUCUCCACAGACACCCAAACCAUUGUGUAGAUAGUCUCAAAAAAAGAAGAAAAGUAAUUUUAAACGUCCCUAAUUCAGUCUACAGUUAAAGUUUAGAAAUUACUCUGGUGGUUGCUGUAGGUAACAAUAAAAUAAGAUGAUGAUGAUCUUUUUCUCCUUGUAUUCUGGAUUAAAUCUUACCUCCUACUUGCUGCCCCCUCCAAUCCUUCUCAGGUGAGGGAGGACAGUAAAUUUCUAAUCUAGCUAGAAAGAUUAUCAGUAUGUUGUCUUUGGAGGCAGAGGCAGCAUUGUAUUCCCCCUGCCCCCCAUAUUGUGUAUUAUGUUAUCCAAAAAGCAAAUUGAGAACAGAUUGUGUUGGACCUGGAACGUAUGUAAAGCAGAACCAUGAAGAUUCUUCUUCCUAUAGUUGCAGCAAUUGCACUAGACAGUCUUUACUUUUCCAUAGAGACACUUAAUACCGUGAUGCUCUUACCAUUGUAUUUUGAGGAUUGACGUGCGCUUAAGACAAAACAUUUGCCUGUUGUGUAGAAAGCCUAUUUAGUUGUUAUAGAAAGUGAGUCAGUGGCACCUUAGUGGUGCCCUCUGUAUUGGAUGGAGAUUUGCAUAUGCAAAGACCAAAAAGUAGCAAUAGCGGAAAUGGACAGAAAUUAUAUAAAAGAAUGUGAAACUGUCAUCCAGUAGUUUAGAUUUAAAAGUUUGCCAUUUAGAGAGCAGCAUUUUAGAAAUCUGAUUGCAUCAGAGUGAAGUUUGAAAUCUUCCUUUGACAAGUAAGUAGCGUGGUGCUAGUCAGAUGAUAAAAAAAUGCAACCAUACUUGAAAUCAAAGAUAGAAUUGAACAUGAAGCGAAAAGUUUAAAAUGUUUCCAAAAGAGAAGCUGGUUUAAUCAAGAUUGUAAAGAAGGGGAAUAAAAUCUUCCUUGCAUCUGAAUGUAUAGUUUCAAAAAUUAAUAGAAGUUAGUAUUUACAUAAAGCCUCAAGCAAUAAGAAAAUAUUAAAUGAACUUUCUCUCCCCUCUCUAACAGAGGACAAGGUUCCUAGAAGACAGUAAGUUUGUUUGUAUGUCAAUACUAUUUAAUAUACCUUUUGAAGUGAACUUCCAGAGGCUAUAAUCCAAAGCAUUAUUACUAAGAAUUGAGUUCCAUUGAACUCAAUGGGGCUUGCUUUGGGGGUUACGGUGUUCAACAUUGGGCUGUAAAAGUCUGCAAAAAUGGUGGGAACAUUUUUGGAUGGUUGUUCUAUGAAAUGGGGACUAAAGAAGAAGAAAUUGUGCUCUAAUGUUAUGACACAUGGCAUUAUGUGAGGGAUGGCCACAUCUAGUGCUGGUAAUUCAUAAUGCAGAUGAUCCAUAAUGUGUGGGGGUUUUAUUUUUUGCAAGCCAAAAUGCUCAGCAUUUGUGACUGAUUAAGAUGGUGGAAUUCUCUUUGGGGGUCUAGGAGGGAAUGCGCUAGUAUGUAUGAUACAGACUAUUAUUACAAGCUGGAUGAUUACGCUGUGUGAUCUGAAUGGGAAAGUUUCAUGCUGAGAUGUAUCUAUCCAGGAUUUGCAGUCUUGGUUAUACCAUUCAUUCUGUCUUGUACAACUAAGACUUUCUGAUAUUUCAUCAAAUUUUAUAACCCUUCCCUAUUGAAAUAAUAUGAAUUAAGGUAACAUAGGCUAUCCCUACACCUAUGAAAAGGCUCAAAUAAUUAUGAUAAACAAAGGAAGGUAGAGUGACCAGGGAAAUAUAACAUCAGUAGGUUAGGGAUCUCUGAAACCUCAUUUUUGUGCUUCCUCCUCUUACUUUAAACUGAUUAUCAAAUGCCCCAUUACUCACUCAUUUUUGUCAGUGUCUGGCCUUCACACUUAUUGACCCACUUGUACAUAUCAUAAAAUCAGUUUAAGGUUAUUUGCUUCUUGUGUAAGCAAAAACAGAUGCUUCAGGCUUAUUUUGUGAUACAAAAACACAUCUCUAAAGAGGAGAUGUAGGUAAUUUUCAUUGCCAUCUUCUAAAGGAAGGAUGUAGCUGAAGGAAGAUUUUUGUGUGUUUGACUGCCUGUGAACAGUAUUCAUGUACCCUGACCAUUAUCCAUUCUGUGGCAUAAUCCACGAAUACUUUGCUUGAAAGCUAUGUUUUGAAAUGAGCAGUAACAAUAUAUUUCCCUUGUAUUAUUUUACUAUUCUGGAAUUUGAAACUAGGCCUUUCAGAUCAUGUUAUGUGCUUUCCACUGUCCUAGAUUUUGAUAAAAAAGGGAGUUGGUAUUUUUCUGUUGUCUUGCCAGUUUAAUAGUCUUAAUUAAUUUGACACUGGAUUAAGCAAAGCCUGAGGAAUUUAACUGCAAUUGAAUCAGCCAAAUCCCUCCCCUUGCCACACACAGGUAUUUUGCUUAGUUGUCUGCUGUCUGCUUUACCAUUAUACUUUCAGCUUGUUGGUCCUAUUUCUCAAAUUACCAAUAAUAGUGAUGGGCUGGCUUCUGGAGUUGAAAUGUUAACCUAUUUGGGACAGGCAGAGGAAAACACACGCAAGAAAAUGGAUGUUUAAAUUUCUUAAACUAUCUGCAUCUAGAAAUGUAACUAUAUAAGUGUAUGCUCUGCCCUGACUUAUGAUAUGUAGAUUUAUUUAGAUUAUGGGAUGGGACAUGUUUCCUUUCCUCAUUAAUACAAAAAUAAACUGCUUUGCAGCCUUUCCCCCCCUCCAAUCAGUACUACUUUGAUGGGGAAGAAAAGGGCUUGUGGUUUAUGAAGGCAGAGUUUAUGGGGGUGGGAGCACAUAUUCCUGGGCAUCGACUUUUGCUUUUUCCUGAUAUGAUAACUUGAUAUGUGGUGUUGCAGUAUUUUGUCACCAGACUUGUUCUAGUGUGUAUAUAUGUAACCCUUCCAUAAAACAUAUAUACACAGGUAUUAAAUAUAUCACUCUAUAUAAUAUUAUAUAUGUAUGUGGUAUCGAAGGAAACAUUUUAUUGAGGGUUAUGGAAAAGGACUCUAGCUAGGGAAUGCAGCAUCUCUCAGUGAAAUAAAGCUGAUGUUGGGAGGGGAGGAAUAUUUCUUUUGGGUUAAAAAAAAUCAUUUGUGUUAGGAGGAGAUCAUUAUCCCAAUCAGUGAUGAUUUUGCCCUUUGUAAAGAACUGUAAGUCCAUUCCACAGAAGUUAUUUGUUAAUCUAAUAAAUAAGGUGCUAAACAAAAGUCUCCUGGUUAUUUUCUUGAGAAAAGAGACAUUGUCAAGAGCAGGAGAGGUGGUACGUGUCCUUCUGUUUAUCUUUUUCCCUUUGUCUUUUUUAUAUAGAGUAUAUGGGAUUAUUUAUUUGUGUUAUAACAUCUCACUGUAUCCAUAUCACUAGCAAUUCUUCAGUUAUUAAGGGUAUAAGCCCAGUACUCCAGAACAACUGAAUAAAACAAACAAAUAUUUCGAUGACUGCUAUAAAUGAGCUAUCAAGGGAAAGAUUUUUAGAGGGCAGACACAUCUAAGAAUUAUAAUGGAAUUAGGUCACUGGUUGUGUUUGUUUAUUAAUACAAACAUUGCUUCAAAAACCUUGGCAAUGUCCCUUUCUUUACAUAAAAGAAAAGUAUUUGUUCAAUUACCAUAUUAUAAGAUGUUCAAAAAAAGUAAGUAGGGCUCCUUUCCCAGACCCUCAAAGCUGAGGGAACAGUAGAUUUGAAUAGAAUGCUGGUUAACCAGACCUUAAAUCAGGCUAUCCCUCAGGAAUGAAGUGAUAGAAGAAAGCCAGAAAGGGGAGAUGCUAUAUUUCUAAGCUGAGCUUGUAAUAAGUUUAGAGUCCUUCAAAAUGUCUUUGUAUUAAUAUAUUUUAAAAAUACCACGCUUUACUAUUACAAAGAAAUUCAUAGUACCUUUCACAAGGUCUAGUAUCAAGAUAAUAAUGUAGAUGUUCUAACAACAUUCUUGUUCUUAACAAGACAUAUUUGCUUCUUUUAGCCUUUGUAAUAGAAAAUAAAAGUGUGCACUUUAA